CCAGUGGACAUAUUCGACAAAGAGUCAGAUUUCAGUGACUUAGAGAUCAACGAGUACAAAGAGAAACUUCAUCAAGAACUGAAGACUGGCAAAUACAAGGUAAAACAUGUAAAUGGUACGCUCAGGUGUCCUUUUUGUGCAGGUGAGAAGGAACAAGAUUACCAGUACAAGGACUUUCUUCAACAUGCCAUAGGAUUGGGUAAAGGUUCUGCCAAUAUAAGUGCAAAAAAGAAGGCAAACCACUUUGCACUUGCAAAGUAUUUGGAGAUUGACCUUGCAAAUGAGGCGGAGCAACUGCCGCAGCCAAUGAUUAAACCAGCUUCUGUAACGGAGAGGUCUCAGCAAAAUGAUCUUUAUUGUUGGCCUUGGAUAGGAAUUGUCAUGAACAUUGUUAAGGGGCCCAAUACUAGAAAAUCAUUGGACAGUAGUGGAUAUCUGAUGAAGGAAGUCUCAAUUUUUAAGCCUCUAAGGGUGGAGAUAUUUUGGAAUGACCAUAACCAAAUUGGUCAAGCUGUUGUGAAAUUUGGCAAUGACUGGACUAGUUUUAAGAAUGCAAUGGAGUUUGAGAAGUCUUUCGAAGCGGAUCAUCAAAGUAAAAAGGAGUGGUUAGCUUUAAAAGGGCGUCUAGAUUCAAAAAUCUAUGGAUGGUUGGCUCGUGCUGAUGAUUAUAAUUUAGAAGGCCCGGUUGGAGAAUAUGUUCGUAAAGAAGGAAAGCUGAAAACAACGUCUAACCUUGUUGAGGAAGCUACGCAAGAUAGGAAUAAAAUUGUGGCAAAUAUGACCAAUGAGAUUGACAUGGAAAGUGAAAAGCUGGAUGAGUUGCACUACAAGUACAAUGAAACCAACAUGUCUUUGAGCAGGAUGCUUGUGGGCAAAGACAUGCUACAUCAUGCUUUCUAUAAAGGUUCCCCUCCUCCUCCUAUAAUGCAUGUUAAUGAUCAUGGGAUGCAGAAUUCUGAGAUAGAGGCUAAGAGGAAGGAACUUGAUUCUUGGAGUAAACAACUGAACAAACGUGAAGCAUUAAUUGAAAAAGAGAGACAGAAGCUUGACAAGGAAAAGCAAAGGAUCGAGGUGAAGAGGAAGGAACUUGAUUCUUGGAGCAAACAGUUGAACAAACAUGAGUCAUCAACCAAAAGGGAGAGGCACAAGCUUACCAAGGAGAAAAGAUAG